CAAGCGGGGACAAGCAGUAGUGCUACCGGUGGUGAAGACCACCCAGCCAACACUGGAGAACCCACGCCGCCAGCCCAAGACAAGGCCGCGGAAGAUGCGUCGGUAUCGAACUCCGGCGCUGCAGAAGAGAUCGCAGCAGGGGCCGUGCCGGAUCCGGACGCCAACCUGCCGGCUGGAGAAGAUAUUCUGAGGCCAGCCCCCGGGCGCUUGGAGAACGUCCGAGUAGCUCUGGUGCUGAGCCCGGAAAGACAACUCGAACAGAGCUCAGAGAGGCAGGUAGCGGUCCGCCAACAGGUGGAAACUGCAGAUCUACAUCAAGAGUUCUCAGCGCAGGUGGGCAGUAGCCAAGCAGCAGAGCAAAUUGGAGCACUGCUGGAGGACGACUUGGUCGCCCCAGGUACUGUUGCGGCACGGAUGAAAUCAUUCCAUGGCCUGGCGAGCUGUUGAGGAUGUAAUAGAGAAAUCCAGGCAGAAGUCUGAAAUGCUGCGUGACGUUGGUGAUGCUAUCCUCCGAGCAGAGAAACUUGAAGAGGAACUAAAGAAAGCCAAGCAGCAAGCUUCAAAUCUCCAAAUACGGCUGGACAGGAACGCUGUGGAGUACCGCAACGAAGUCCAGGUGUUGACCGCUGCGAAAGACGGGCUCGUGGACCAGAACAAGUCGUUGACAGCCCAGAAGAACGAGCUCGUUGAGAAGAACAAGAAAUUACGCCAGAAGGAAACUGAAUUGAAAAAUUCCGUGGCGCAGCUCAACGACGAAGUCACCAACUGGAAGGCCGGCUUCUACCGGGAAAAGGAUCAUCGCGAACAGCUUGAGGCAGAUAUCUACGUGCUGAACAUGGAACUCGAGCGAGAAUUGCAGCUGCACUUUGACGGCGAGACUGAUCUGGUGAACUGCAUGCAGACCAUCCGAAGUCUCAACGACGAUCUCGAGCUGCUGAGGAGGUCGAUGAAGGAGCUGACAGAGGCGGCGGAGCCUGUUGCCAAUCUCUUCGAGCCUCGGAAGCCCGGUGUCGAAGUGCGGCCGUUGGUGGACCGUCUGAAGGAUACUCCAGGAAGGCUGAAGGCGUAUCUGCAGCGGCUGAGGAAGUCAAUUCCUCAGCAAGUCUUGAGCUUCCUGAAGUCCUUUUACCCGGCAGCAGACGUGUCGGUGAUAGCAGGAGGCGUGGCUGGCGAUUGCUCCGAUGAGAAGCUCAAAGAACUCAUGCGAGAAGUAGAGUCAGUCGCUGAGAAGGUCGCCAGUCACAUCAACCUGAAGUAGAUGUAACUGUAAAAGUAACAGUAGUAUGAACAAGUAGGAUGUAAAGAAUAUUUAAGUAAUCGAAAGGAAUUUUCGAUUAUCUGUUA